AACAACAAUGUCUGUGGCUCAAGGAGUCAAAAACUCAGUCAAAAAGACAGGAUUUCUUAAUCAAAUUAUGGCAUAUUAUUACAAAGAAACUGAGCCAAUGAAGUACUGUAGGCUGGUCAGAGAGAAAUGAACGGUUUUGCCUCCGAAAUUAGCACUCUACCAAGCUAUUGAAGACCAUGAGCUUGGGAUAAGAUCACAAAAGAUCAGAUUUAACAUCCAAUGUGUUUAUCUUUGGUUAGUUAAAUACCAAAUCAUGUUCUACUCAGGCAUGCCUCAGAUGAUCAAUGAGCAUAGGUCUAUUGGAGAGAGUUCUGAGUUUUCAUUCCAGAGCAAGAGUGUAUUCAAAAGAAAUAAAUUUUGAUUAAAGCUUGAGAAAGCAUUUAUAGGUUCCCUUCCAAUCUCAGAUUUCGCUAACGAGUAUGAUAAGGAUGUAGAGAGAGUUCUCUCUAGUAGCUACCGCAAAAUUGACAUGCUUCUUGAUGACAACUUUGUGUACGAAGGAAAGGGAUUUCAGACAAAUAUGAAAAACAAAGAGGGUGGUAAAACUGUCGUGAAUCGUCCUCUCAACGAUAUUGUCUACGAUGAUAUUUUUGAAAAGUUGAUCAAAGAAACUGAAUAUAUUCAAAAAUUUUCUGCUUGAUUAGAAAACCAUGUUACUCUCUUAGAUCAGACCAAGAGCCUUGAUAGUAUUUUGUAUGUCAAAGAGGAGGAUGAUUAAGUAUUAAUUAAUUCAUGGAGAUAAAUUCA